UCGCAGAAUUGUGCAUUCACAUAGUUAGUAGUACAAUACAGACUCUUUGUUAGAAAUCAGACAAUUUAGAGUUAAACCUCGAUAAAUAAGUAACUAUUAUUAUAAAUUAAUGAUAAAAAUAGAAUGGUUGAGAUUCUCUUGUAGUCACUAGGAAUCCAUUUCCACAAACAACUAACCUCCUUUCCUCUUGUUUGACUUGUAGUUGAAAGAACCUAUGAUACUAGCUUGCUACCACCAUUAGUAUCUCCAAUUCAAAUCUGAUCAAUGCACAAUGCAUGAGCCUCUCCUCACCCUUUUCUCCACUAAAGGAGAAACACAGUCACCAAGUAAACCAUUACUCAAUCAACAACAACCUUUCCAUGACCUUGUUCCCUCCCCAACACUAUCUCAAUCAAGUUCUUCUCAUGUCAUCAAUGAAUCCAAAAACACUUCUUGUAUUAACCUCAUAGCGAACUUAAGCAUCGUGAAAGGGAAGAUUACUCAUCGAUCCCGCUCUGCUCCAUCCUUAUUUUUCACCGACAUGAGAGUGGAUUUUCAUGAGCCUUUUGAACAUAGUCAUGCACAUAAGUCGUCAAGUUUAAUAGUUAGACUAUCUUUCACUAUUGUUUUCUUGUAUGUGGCUAUUGGGGUUACAGUGUACAUGAUAAGUGGGAGUUUCAAAGGAACUACUACAUUCAGGCCUGUUGAUGCUGUGUACUUUACAAUGGUAACUCUAUGCACUAUAGGGUAUGGAGAUAUUGUUCCUGAUACCAUGUUUACAAAGAUGUUUACAUGUGGUUUCAUUUUGGUGGGUUUUGGAUUUAUUGGUUUUAUGCUUAAUGAAUUGGUUGUAUACAUUUGUGAUACAAAUGAGGCAUUCUUAUUAAGCAUGAUGGAUGAAGAUAGAUACAAGAAAAUUCUUAGGACUUAUAUGGUUGAUGAAGAGAAAAGAAGAAUGAGAAUAAGAACCAAAGUUUGUGUUGCUUUGAUUGUUGUUAUUGUCUGCAUUGCUAUUGGAACAGUUACAGCACACUUUGUAGAGGAUAUGAGUUGGGCUGAUAGUUUUUAUCUCUCCAUUACUUCGGUUACAUCGGUUGGUUACGGAGAUCGUUCUUUCAGAACUUUAACUGGAAGAUGUUUUGCGAUUCUGUGGCUUUUGGUAAGCACGUUGGCAGUUGCAAGGGCGUUUCUAUACCUCACUGAUUAUAGUAUGCAAAAGAGAAGCCGCGAGAUGGCAAAAAGGGUUCUUCAGAAGAAGAUAACCUUAUCUGAUUUGGCGGCUGCAGACCUUGAUAAUGAUGGAUCAAUCAGUAAGUCUGAAUUUGUCAUAUACAAGCUUAAGCAAAUGGGGAAGAUUACUGAGAUAGACAUUCUGCAAAUUAGCAAACAAUUUGAUUCCUUGGACCAUGGCGCAUAUGGGAAGAUAACUCUAGCUGACCUCAUGGAAACUGUCUAAUUCAACAAUCUCUUCAAAAAGUGUAAACCAGUACAAGAGACCACCACCACUAUUCUGAACUUUUGGCCAUGUUUGCAGUUUUGUUCCAUGGAUGGAGUAGCUGUUCCAGCAACUUAAACCUGUAACCGUAUCAUCAAGUCACAAUAGCCCAAAAAAUGGAAUUUCAUGGACGGUUGAAGUUGCAGAAGCUCAUGAUAUCAUAAGGUAUCAAAAAUGAAAAAUCUUUGUACGAACUUCACGAAGUAUAAAUGGAAUUUAUGUAUUGCAUGAAGCAAACAUAUAUGAAUCUUGGAAGCCAUAUUUACAAACUCCAAUAAAGCCAAGCCAUUUAGGCAUAAAUCAACACCUCUUUGCACUGUAAUCUAUAACAUAUAUAAACGGGAUACACCAUUUUGGUGUAGCCAUUUUUAUUUUCCAAAAUUACCAUUGCUUCUCAAAUUUAAUAAACUACAUCAAAUUCAAUA